UCCACACAGAGGAUCCAAGGUCUGCUAAGAUGGCUCGCAUGUUCAGGUUCUCAGCUCUGGCUCUGCUGCUACUGUCUGCCUGUUGUUGGGCCGACAAUGAGGCAGCAGAGGACAUUGCAGAGGAGGACUCAGGGGAGCUUUCUGUCUCUGAACUUCUGGAGAGAGCCAACAGUAAUCUGAUCCGUUCUGCUGAUGAUCCCAACCUGAUUGAAGGAGACAUCGCCAUUGACAGCUCGGCCGAGAAAAACGCCGACCCCUGCACCAGCAAAAGCUGCAAGUGGGGCAAGCUGAAUGAUGGGAAAGUCUACGUUCCUUAUCUCAUCAACAAUCAAUUCUCCUCCCGUGAGAAGGCCAUCAUCACCCGAGGACUGGAGUCUUUCUCCUCUGUCUCCUGCAUCCGCUUCAGACCCACCAAAAGCAGCGACCGUGACUGGCUGAGCAUUGAGUCCAAGAAUGGCUGCUACUCCAUGGUUGGCCGUCGUGGUGGUAAGCAGGUGGUGUCUCUGGCCCGUCAAGGAUGCCUUUACCAUGGCACCGUCCAGCAUGAGCUGCUCCACGCUCUGGGAUUCAACCAUGAACAGACCCGCUCUGACAGGGACAAGCACAUCAAAGUCCUGCUGCAGAAUGUUGUUUCUGGAAUGGAGCACAACUUCAGGAAGAUUGCAACCCUCAACCAGGGCACUCCCUAUGAUUACAACUCUGUCAUGCAGUACCACAGGACUGCCUUCUCCAAGAACAAGCAGCCCACCAUGGUCCCUAUCCCUAAUCCCAACGUGUCCUUUGGCAACGCUAAGGAAAUGAGCCGCAAUGACAUCGCCAGGCUCAAGAAACUCUACAAGUGCUAGGAAGCCUGUCCAGAUGUGCUGGCAGACAGAUCAGAGGGAAGACUGUCUCCUCGUGCUCACUGAACAACAAAAGCUGCAGACCUGAACUCAUGAGUGCAAUAGUCAAUGAUCAUGCAAUAAAAUUACUAAAAUUA